AUGUCCGAGAAUCUCUCCAUUGUGAGAAGCAGACUCAAUCGCCCUCUCACCUACUCCGAGAAGAUUCUGUACUCCCACCUUGACGACCCUCACGGACAAGACAUUGAGCGUGGCGUUUCAUAUCUCAAGCUGCGACCAGACCGCGUCGCCUGCCAGGAUGCUACCGCUCAGAUGGCUAUCCUGCAGUUUAUGUCCGCCGGCAUGCCUUCAGUGGCGACUCCGACCACUGUCCACUGUGACCAUUUGAUUGAGGCUCAAAUUGGCGGUGAUAAAGAUCUGGCUAGGGCUCAGGACAUCAACAAGGAGGUCUACGACUUCUUGGCCUCUUCUUGCGCGAAGUACAACAUCGGUUUCUGGAAGCCUGUCAUCCAUCAGAUCGUCCUGGAGAACUACGCCUUCCCCGGUGGCUUGAUGAUUGGCACCGACUCGCACACGCCUAAUGCUGGUGGUCUUGGUAUGGUUGCCGUCGGCGUUGGUGGUGCUGAUGCUGUCGAUGUCAUGGCCAGCCUGCCGUGGGAACUGAAGGCCCCGAAGAUGAUUGGUGUCAAGCUCACAGGCGAGAUGUCUGGCUGGACUGCACCUAAGGAUAUUAUUCUCAAGGUUGCUGGUGAACUCACCGUGAAAGGUGGCACAGGCGCAAUCGUCGAAUACUUUGGUCCCGGCGUCAACAGCAUUAGCUGCACCGGCAUGGGCACCAUCUGCAAUAUGGGAGCUGAAAUUGGCGCUACCACCUCGAUCUUCCCCUACAACGACCGCAUGUAUGACUAUCUGGCUGCCACGAAGCGCAAGGCUAUUGGCGACUUUGCCCAAUCUUGGGCCCACGAACUCAAGGAGGACCAGGGUGUUGAAUACGACCAGUUGCUCGAGAUCAACCUUUCCGAGCUUGAGCCACACAUCAACGGCCCGUUUACUCCCGAUUUGGCCACUCCCAUCUCUAAGUUCAAGGAGGCAGUGGCCGAGAACAAGUGGCCCGAGGAAUUGAAGGUCGGGUUGAUCGGUUCUUGCACCAACUCCUCAUAUGAGGACAUGUCUCGCGCUGCAUCCAUUGCCCAAGAUGCGAUGGACCACGGUAUCAAGGCCAAGUCUCUCUUCACCGUCACCCCUGGCUCCGAGCAGAUCCGUGCCACGAUCGAACGCGAUGGCCAGCUGAAGACCCUCGAGGAGUUUGGCGGCAUCAUCCUUGCUAAUGCUUGCGGCCCAUGUAUUGGACAGUGGGAUCGUCAGGACGUCAAGAAGGGCGAGGCCAACUCUAUCAUCUCCUCCUACAACCGAAACUUCACCGGACGCAACGAUGCUAACCCGGCUACUCACUCUUUUGUCACUUCACCGGAUCUCGUUGUGGCUAUGACCAUUGCCGGUGAUCUCAACUUCAACCCGUUGACCGACACUCUCAAGGACAAGGAUGGCAAGGAAUUCAAGCUCAAGGCACCUACUGGUGACGGUCUACCUCGCAAUGGCUAUGACCCAGGUCGCGAUACAUACCAAGCCCCCCCGGAGGACCGCGCAUCGGUUCAAGUCCAGGUAUCACCCUCGUCUGACCGUCUUCAGAUUCUGGAGGGCUUCCAGGCAUGGGAUGGCAAGGACCAGCUUGACCUGCCAAUUCUGAUCAAGGCCCAAGGCAAGACCACUACUGAUCACAUCUCGAUGGCCGGUCCCUGGCUCAAGUAUCGCGGUCACUUGGACAACAUCUCGAACAAUAUGCUGAUCGGUGCCGUCAAUGCCGAGAACGGCGAGGCCAACAAGGUCAAGCACUUCAAGACCGGCAAGUACGACGCUGUCCCUGCAACUGCCCGCGAGUACAAGAAGGACGGCAUCAAAUGGGUUGUCGUUGGUGACUGGAACUACGGGGAGGGUUCAUCGCGCGAGCACGCCGCUCUUGAGCCCCGUCAUUUGGGUGGUCUCGCCAUCAUCGUCCGAUCUUUCGCUCGUAUUCACGAGACCAACUUGAAGAAGCAGGGCAUGCUUCCUUUGACCUUCUCGAAUCCUGAAGAUUACGACAAGAUCAAUCCCGAUGACAAGGUGGACAUCAUGGCCACUGAGCUCGAGGUUGGCAAGCCUAUCACCAUGAAAGUGCACCCCAAGGAUGGCAAGGAAUGGGAUUGCCAGCUUUCUCACACCUUCAACGAGGGCCAAAUCAAGUGGUUUAAGGAUGGCAGUGCGCUGAACACCAUGGCCAAGUCCGCGGGCCACUAA